CUCUUUAGUGACGCACGAGGCCGGGCGGCUCCAAGGCUGCCGGCUGGGGUGAGCAGCGGAGCGCUUGGGCUUGGAGUAGCAAAGAACGCGCUCUCCCGAGAAAGUAUAGCCACGGCUUAGACAGCCAGGGAAACGUAUGCGGGGACGCGGAGGACCCAGGCUCUCGUGCAAGCGCGGAGUUGGACGUGCAGUGCUGCUGGGGUCACGCGGGGCUCUCACGCCUCCCCUCCGCGUGAGCUCCAGGAUGGUCCGCGCCGGGAUCGCGCGCGAGGCUUGAAGCGCCGGUGAAGCGCGCAGGUCGGAGUGACGGCUGCGCUACCGCCUGGCUCCGGUCCGCAACGCGCCAUGGACGCAGAGCUGGCAGAGGUGCGCGCCUUGCAAGCUGAGAUCGCGGCCCUGCGGCGAGCGUGUGAAGACCCACCGGCGCCCUGGGAAGAGAAGUCCCGAGUCCAAAAAUCUUUUCAAGCCAUACACCAAUUCAAUUUGGAAGGAUGGAAGUCUUCAAAAGAUCUGAAAAAUCAGCUUGGACAUUUAGAAUCAGAACUUUCAUUUCUAAGUACGCUUACUGGCAUCAAUAUAAGAAAUCACUCGAAGCAGACAGAAGACCUAACAAGCACUGAGAUGACAGAAAAGAGUAUAAGAAAAGUUCUACAGAGACACAGAUUAUCAGGAAAUUGCCACAUGGUUACAUUUCAACUUGAAUUUCAGAUUCUGGAAAUUCAGAAUAAGGAGAGAUUAUCUUCUGCUGUUACUGACCUCAACAUAAUAAUGGAGCCCACAGGAUGCUCAGAAUUAAGUGAAUUUGUGUCUAGAGCAGAAGAGAGAAAAGAUCUGUUCAUGUUUUUCCGAAGCCUGCAUUUUUUUGUGGAGUGGUUUGAAUAUCGUAAGCGCACGUUUAAACAUUUCAAGGAAAAGUACCCAGAUGCUGUGUACCUCUCGGAGGGGCCCUCCUCCUGCUCCAUGGGGAUCCGCAGCGCCAGCUGGCCAGGGUUUGAAUUAGUCAUUGUUUGGAGGAUACAAAUAGAUGAAGAUGGGAAGGUUUUUCCAAAGCUGGAUCUUCUCACCAAAGUCCCACAGCGAGCCCUGGAGCUGGACAAGAACAGAGCCAUAGAAACCGCUCCUCUCAGCUUCCGAACCCUGCUAGGACUGCUUGGAAUCGAAGCUGCUCUGGAAAGCCUGAUAAAAUCGCUUUGUGCAGAGGAGAACAACUAGUUCCAAAACAGUGAACGUGGAGGAUUAAGAUGCUGCGUGGAGGAGCAUGCAAUUUUAUUCAAUAUAAACAUUUGCUAUUUUCCACUUAGAAACCACACUCUGAAGACAUGCUGUCUAUGCAGUUAUGGCACAUUAUAUGGAAACUCUCAUGACAUGAAAAAUAAAUACAACUAGUUAAGUAUAAAAGUGACACGUACAAUGUGGUUUGCAAAAAUAAGCUUAACAUCUGAGAAAAUGUACCGAGUGGUUGUGUGUCCUCAGAUGUGUGGGGAGGACCCAUCCCCCCACCCACCGCAGCCUUACACGGAGUCCACCUUGGACAUGGCGGCCACAUUGCUCAGCUGGGAGAAGCCACCCUUAUCCUGGUUCCUGCCUCCUGGGGGCUCUGGAGAUGGAUGCCUAUGGCGCCUCAUCUUUAACCUGUCCUUAGUAGCCCAGGGGAGCCACGCCCACGCUCCCUGCCUCCCCCUGGUCCGCACAGUGGCGCUGUGAGGCAGUCUCAGCAAGUCCUCACGCUGUUCUUGGUCUUCCACAAGAAAGUGGAGCUGUCAGCUUAAUAACAAGAAUAGCCUAAGACAGCAAAGACAGCACUGUUCCUGGGCCAGGAUGCGAGGAAUGAGGUCCUUUAUGAAAGACGCCCCCUGCACAGCCUAAGUGUUACAUCGAUCGUCCCAGACGUGCCGUUAAGAACCGUGACCUCAUCAGUCGCCCAUUUAGCAUUGUUAGGAUCUGUGAACGUGUGUUGUCUCAAACCAAUCAGGGCCGUCAUGACUACGCAGCAGCAGCAGCAGUUUCCAGGACGGGCCAGAAACGCAUCCACAGCAGUGGCACCUGCGGCUCAGGGGCUCCUCACAGCCCGGACUGGUGGGACCCAAGACCAGAAUGGGGGUGUCCGUCUUUUUCUCUUCUCCCUCAAAUACAGGCUGUUUUCAUCGUGUCUAGUCUAGCCCUGUCUGGGCCCUGUGCUAGGCAAUAACUCUUGCAGCCCUGAAGGACCUAGGGAGCCCAGCCCACCUUCCCGUGGACUGGGGUCCCCUCACAUGUGCACUUGAACCCAGGACUCAGCAUCCUCCACACACCGUGACAGUGGGCAAAAUCAUCCCAAAGGAGGCUGCCCCAGCCCCAGCCCAGCAACAGUGAACUCCCUUGGGUCAAGACAGUACUCAACAGCCACUCCCUCCACACUUCCCAGAGCCUGCGGCUCGUCCGUGAGCUCCGUGCACUUUACCAAAGCCCCCAUCCCAGCACACAGGAGCUGUGUGUAUGAGACAGUGUCAUUCGAAGUGAGAAGAAAACAACAGUAAAAGUGUCCAGUUGUAUAAGUAUCUAUCUUUUUGCACCUCUGAGUGUAGAAUUAGAAGUAAAUAUGACAGAAUUGAACAAUAAAUUCUAGAAGAGUUGCCUUGAUUCAAACAAGUAUAAUUCUCAAGUUAUCACAAAAUUUCCCACAAAAAUUUACAAUCAGCAAAAUAGUUUCCUUAUUUCUCAUGUAUCAUUUUCAUAUAAUUCCGUGGUUUCACUAAUAUAUGUUACAAUAAGCCUCCAUUAGUCCCUCAAAACGAUGAUAUAAAUAAGUCUGUACAACCUAGCAUAGAAUAAAAAACUGAAACCAAGAUUCCCAAUGUUUUUCAUAGCAGCCGGGCACACUUUGGUGACCCCAACGAGAACCCUCUCGGCAGCAGCCAGGAGCUGUUCACCUUCCGGAAGCAGGGCCUGUGGCAGCCUGGCAGGGAGAGGCCACGGGGCCCAAAAACGCAACACAUCUCAAGGCAAACCCGAGGGAGGAACUCGGUCCGGGAGGAAGAGAGAACUCGCUCCUCAACCACCCUAGACACUGGAGUGUCAGGAAAGCACUGAGCUGUUGGGGCACACUGCCCAGCCCGGCCAUAGCAGCUCAGCCAGUCACAGCUCCACCUCCAACUUCUACAGCAGCAAUUUUUAGUGGGAAAGAACCGCUCAUCUCCCCCUCAUGUGAAAGAUUAAAUUGUAAAGCAAAAAAAAAAGGUCAAUGCUCGUCAAUGCUCGCAUGAGUGGUGUCCAUCCUGACCUGAGUCUUGCGCUCCCUGCUGCCCUGUGUGGAACUGUGGGCUUCAGCACCUCCACAGGGACCCUGAGUCUACACUGCUCAGAACCGGCGUCUGCAUGACCACGAGGUCACGCUCUGCAGCAGGAAACCACCUAAAAACCUGUGUUGAUAUGUGGUUUGCACUGAAAAAGUGACCAUGUAACUCAGCUGGGGAAAGUUCCAGUAGUAUCCAUGUUUUCUUAAAAGUCCAAACUGUAAAAUGUAUGUGACAAUUCAAGUUUUCUAUGUUAGGAGUCUGAUGGUAGCAGAUCCAAACCUUGGGUCUUAGAAUAAGGCUUUUCGCAUUAGAGAAUCAGACAUGAGCCCUGGUUGGGAAGGAAGAACUAUCCAGAAGGUCUUCCCAGGGCUUAACGGACACUUCCAUUUUAAGAGUGUGAGCAGCUUCCUGGGACACAGCACUCACGUCCUACAUUCCUUGUCCAGGAAGAUGUUUCUAGUGCUCUUCAAUUCCAUGUCUCCAAGAGGCAAUCCCACCUCAAAAGGGGUUAAAAGCAAAAACAUUCACAACCAAAGGUCACCCAACACAACAGAAAAUAGCUCUAUCAUUCAACCUUCACAUUCUAUGUUCAAGUUUCAAAGACACUGCAGGGAAAGAGUUAGACCUUGUGGAGAACUAAUGUGCAAUCUUCGCUUUCCUUGAACCGAGUCGACAUCACGGCGUUGUCUUUGGCACGUACAGUCUUUGAAUAAUAGUUGACGAUCUUGCCGUCCAGUUUAUACUGAUGGGGAAUGCUCUCGUAGGGCUUGAGGUCAAGGUCCAGCACAGACACGGAGAAGGCAAACCUGGACCUCGAUGAAGGGAUGACAGGCCUUUGAUCAGAGCUGCAAGUAAAAAAUACCAUUUCAGGAUACACAAGCCUCCCAUUCAUUUCCCUCCCUCCCGUUCUCUCUCCCUUCCUUCUUUCAACUAGUAUGUUUUUAUUAUAUUUUUUCUGUGACUUCUGCAAAGUUAGAUGAAUCAAUCUCUUUUAAAAGAGAAGUGAAUGGCCUCACACCCCAGCUCAGAAAGAGCACUCAUUCUGUGCAUCUGUGAUCUGUGCGUGUGACAGCUGUCUGUGCCAGCUGUGUGCACCAGCAUGCAAAGCUUCCUCGGGCCAGUGCACCCCACCAUACCAGGUGAGAGAGGGUUAAAGGACUGAAAGAUGGAAAAGUAAUUAUGUGGAACAUGUGAGCGAUGUUCCCCCAGCCCAGUGGUAUAAAUGAACGCUGAAAAAUCACUUUAUCAUGAGCCAAGUAUUACAAAACCCAAGAAAAAAUAAAAAGUAGAUCUGGCCAUUCCAGCGCCAAAUGGAUGAAAUGUCGGCAAGCCUUCUCCUUCUGUGCCUCUCCUGUCUGCUGAGAAACGCAAGCUCCUUUGGUUCACAUUUGAAGAGGUCUGGUGCAAAUUUUAUCUUCAGUCCUUUGUAUUUUGCCUCUCAGGGCUUAGUUUUGUGGUUUUAACAUCAGAAGUCAUGUGCUUAUAACAAGAUGUGAUUAUUUGCCCUGAAAAACACAUUUAGGAUUACUCUGAGUCCUGAGCUCUGACUGCUGUGUGUCCCGCUUUUCGUCUCAGGGCACUCAGCACGCAGCACUCAAGUCACUGGCUAAACAAGUGACCUAAGCUCGGUUCAGUCCAAGAGAAGUAUCCUGGGUUCUGGUGUCCCAAUGUUUACUACUCUUCGAGAUUUAGAAAUCAACAAGCCAAACCCCAACUUCAAAAGCUCCUGCCGAGGAGAGGAAAUACUGAUGAGCACGUCCCUGCUCUGACGCUGCUCACCACGGCCUUGGCGCUCACUGCUGCCCUGCCCCAGAAUCCUGUUUGUAGGAAAAACGAAUCCGACUCAGCUGCUGGGGUCAGUAACUAUUCUCACCUGAAGAGUAAACAGCAAAUAACUCAUUUACAAAUUAAGGUCAUAAGCCUCGCUCCAGAAGCUGGAAUGUGCCUGCAGCUCGUCCCAAGGGGCCACAUUUUAUUGAGAGAACCGCAGAAGCCCAAGGUACCGCUCAGUUCUGAGGCCUGAGACCCAAGCUUGGUGCACCCGGGCUGGAACAGGCACAUCCCCAGCCCAUGACUAGGGCUACGUAUUUUAAAGGACACCCCAAUUUCUCAGAAGCAGCACCUGACAAAACCAUGGGUGUAAAGACAGGAAGGAUGUUCCAGGCAGCUCCCGGGGAGGGUCUGACUACCUGAGUCAACCAUGAGCUAGCUCCAUGGGAACCAAUGGCGGUGACCAGCGGGCACCAGCUCCUGACACAGAAACGCUCUUCUUCCCCUCAGCACCCCGGAGGCCAAGACUGGGCAAGAGGCCCCAGGGACACACCUGUCCCUUGUGCCAAAAGUGUGCCCUCUAGCAGCCUUGGAGAAUGAGGCUCAGGUGGCCUUCUGGCUGCAGGGGGGCUGCCCUUGCCUGGAAGGCUGUUCUCCAGGACACUGACCCACUGGGGGUUACUGGGGGACCAGCAGCCUCCAAGGGUGCUGGGGAUCGAGGUGGAGAAGCCAAGGCCGCACGCUGUGUUUCAAAUGGGAGGUCGAGAGGAGCAGCAGGGUUUAGGCACGGGAAGCCAUGGCAGCUCUCUCCACAGUUCCAAAUUCCCAAAGAGGCAAAGCUCUGCAGUGACAGGAAGGCAGAUCCAACUUGAGACAUUUUCCUUUAUGACAGGGCAGGAACAGUAGUGCAGAGCUGGAGAAGCCUUUAUUUUAGGGGGUGUAAGAAGUUUAAAUGUGGUCAGUCUACCUGUGAGCGGCAAAUUAAAGUCUAGGGAUCUAAAUUUAGUCUCAGGUCUACCAGGCAUCUCAAGAUGCCAAGAUGACUCAUGAUAAAUCCCAGCCUUAGUUUGUCCCUAGGCCUCUAGAGCACUACAGUUACUGGAACUUGACAGGUGCGGCCACUGCACGCACCUUCCUGGAAGCAGGCCCAGCCCCACAUGCCAUGUUCUCAUGUUCUCAGAGGAGAAGCCUUCUCUGAGAUCCUCUCCUUUUGUUGAGAAAGGCCUGGCUAGAGUGCUUUGUGCAGGAUGGUUCCCGUGCCUGCACCCUAGGUCUGAGAAGCCACGUGGCUCAGCACCUUGGGGACACGCCCUCCCCUCCCCUCCCAGUGUCAUUUCUGCUGAGCAGUUGGUCGUAAGGACCCGGGCCCCUCAGCUUUCCCUGCAUGCUGGGUUUCCAUUUUGACAUCACUGACCAGGCGCUAAGAGAUUCCCAGGUGCUAGACGAGGUGAGUAACACGUCUGUCCUUCAGCGGCCUUUCACAGCCCACCUGAGCACCCUGCAUCCAAGCACAUUUCCAUUGCCCAGCUGUAUCCUUGGUCCGGGGGCUGCUGAACAGUGGUAUCUUCAUGGGUUUUCUCUCAUCAAACACCACCAGUUUAAUCCAGCUAAGGAAUUCCUCAUAACUUAGCCCUUGUAGGUAUUUCCUUAGGGGAUAACAGGAGUUUUCGACUAAAUAGAACAACCUUUUUUCUACUUCAGUUACGCCCUAUAAUGUUCCUCAGUAUUUCAUAUUGGAAAGUAAACAACUCUGUGCCUGCCAGGGAACAGGAAUCCUGGGAACUGUUUAGUUCAAAAGCACCAGGAAAAUGAGUGGCUGGCAGCCAGCAACCAAGGUCAUCUUGACCCAGGAACACAUGUUAGAAGAAUGCGGAACAUUCCGCAAAUACUGGGUGCAGGGUUUGGCACCCCUGAAGAUCAGUGAUGGAGAUGCUAACGACUAUGAGAUUAUCAGUUUCAUCCCGAAUUCCCAGAAACGGAGGGGACUGGAUAAAACUAGUGACAUUCGGGAGAGGGGCUGCAAAAAGGCUGGUUAUUCAGAAGAGGAAGCAGAAAAAUGAAUGCGCGCCUUGCAGGCUUUCAAAUAACUGUGGUGGUAAAAAGGCAGGUGUGCCAUGCUGGCACCGUGGGAGACUGAGGAACAAGGGCCACAGGCACCCACACAUCUCAGGGGCUGGCUUUCUUUGAGGGAAUGGAAUGGGCAGCUCACUGUCCACAUUGUUUCUGAGCUCUUGGAGUAUUUUCUUAGAAAACAGUAACUUUCAAUGUAAUAACAAUCCUUCUAAGUUAUUCUCCAUAAAUCUGUCUUUAGACUGAAUUACAAGCUUCUAGAGGGCGAGAGUUAGUAAGCCCCAUGAUGUCACAUAGGCCAAGGAAGUUAUGUCACUCCAUCAAGGAGUCUCUAAAUAUGGGGAAACCAACUAUCCUAUUAACAAUUAACCAACUGUCCAUAAAACCCCGUUAGAUCCAAGCUGCAUGCCUUGCAGUGGGGGCCUCACCUGGCAUCCUGCAGACAGGGGGACAGCGCAAUCAUGAUGGAGCAGUCCUUGGCAGUCAUGGCGACACGGUACUGCUGCACCUGCAGGGGCGGGAAAGAUCAGCUCCAGGUCACACAGGAAGCCUCUGCCCCCAACACAACCUUCCUUCUCAGUAGCUAAGUGCGGGAACUGCUUCCUGCCUCAGAACGUGAGGGUGGGAUUAGGAGCGAGGGCCACAGUGAGCAGGGGCGUCAGGAGGUCGCCCUGUGAGAGCACCUGGGCCAGCCCUCCACCCCACGGGGCUGCUCAGAGGCCAGCAGCGCCCCCUGACCUCUCAAGGCAAGCAGUGUGGGACCCCAACUCCAGACCCUGAACCGGAUGAUCCGUCUUCAGCAAGGUCACCACAGUCAGCCUUUGGAAGGAAAAGCAGUAAGCCACCUGAGCCCUGCAUGUUGGCCACACUCAGAGUAUCAAGUGAGCAUCACUCGACACCUGCAAGAAGGGUGCAGGGGGUGUUCAGCAAGGCAUCGCUUAGAACGCCAUUCCCUCCGGAACAUCAUACAGCCACCAGAGACAAGUGCAGACGGCCACCCUUCUACAGGCUGUGCGUGUGUGUUAACUUGCUCCACCCUCACAGCAGCCCAACAGGGCAGCACGACCGGCGUCCCACUUUACAGACAAGCAACAGACACAGAGAUCACUUGUCUGUCGUGCCCUGCUCGUCAAUGGCAAGGCAGGGACUCAAACCCGGUAUGCUGGCUCUGACAUUUGCACUCUUCAACACAUGCUCCAAGCUAUGUGGGUCUGUCCAUACUGACCAGGGACAGCUCAGCACACAUCACACUGUCAGAGUCGACAUACGUAAAGCCGUACAUGUGCUCAUGUGUGUGAUGCAGGCAGGGAGAAAGGUGAAGGACAGCCACCACAAUGCUCACAACUGUCUCCUCUACAGAGCAGAAUGUGAGGCACUCUCUCCCCUUCCUCCUUUGAACUUUCAUAUAUGGUUUGGAUUGUUUUAGAUGGCAUAGCUCUCGCUUUCACAAAAAUAAACAGUUGUAAA